GUGAUAGGACACACAAAUUCUUUUCACGUUGUGUAUUUCCAUUGAAGAUGGCAUUUCAUAUUUUAGCAUGUUUGUUAUGUACCUUCACCGAAGUGAUAAUUGCCUCUUCACCAAGACAAGUCAGAGACCAGGUUUUAGCUAUUAAGCCGCAGUCGGAUGAGGAGAUUCAACUUAUCAAACAAAUAUUCGACCAAUAUGAGGCUGAUCUGUGGCAACCAAGCUCAAUUGAUAAUAUCAAAAUCAACAAAGAAAUCCACCUUUACUUCAAUAUAUCCAAUGUUGAAGAGGUGAAAACUCAGCUAGCUACAUCAAGCAUUGCAUAUAGGGUGUUGGUUGAGGAUGUUCAACAACUCAUAAAGAAACAAAAACACACAAAUGUGGCUCUUACGCCCCGUGGCACUUCUUUGUAUUAUGAGAUGUAUCAUCCACUGGAAGAGAUUUAUUUGUGGAUGUCACAAAUUACGAAAGCGUACCCAUCUGUCAUUCAAAAAAUACUUAUUGGAUCUUCAUCUGAGAAGCGACUAAUUUAUGUGCUAAAGGUUUUCAAUGGCACCGCCUCACCAAGGGGUGCAUUGUGGAUUGAUUGUGGCAUCCAUGCCCGUGAAUGGAUAUCGCCUGCCUUCUGCCAGUGGUUCGUACAAUAUCUUGUCACUGCACAGAACACGGUCCUCACUAACAUUCUGAAAUCGUUCGAAAUAUAUGUUCUCCCCGUCUGGAACGUUGAUGGCUAUGAGUACACAUGGACAACUAGCCGCUUCUGGAGGAAGAACCGGUCCGAAUAUAAUGGGGAUCAAUGUGUAGGCACGGACCUGAACCGGAACUGGGAUGCGAGCUGGUGCGGUCCUGGAGCAUCAAAUGACCCAUGCAGUGAAACAUAUUGUGGACGUUAUCCCGAGUCUGAACCAGAGGUGAAAGCUGUAGCUGCCUUCAUCAGGAAGAGAUCAGAUCACAUCAUAAGCUACAUUUCAAUACAUUCAUACUCUCAAAUGGUUAUGUUUCCAUAUUCCUACAAAUUUUCUAAAUCUAAGGAUCAUGAUGAAUUGAAUUAUAUAGCAUGGAAGGCAGUCACUGCCGUCAGGUCAGUACAUGGCACCAGCUACAGUUUUGGAAACUCAGCAAAAACAAUCUAUUUAUCCAGUGGAUGUUCAGAUGACUGGGCUUAUGACUUGGGCAUCAAAUAUUCAUUUACCUUUGAACUUCGCGACACUGGGACAUAUGGCUUUUUACUUCCAGCUUCCUUCAUAAGACCAACUUGUGAAGAAGCUACGGCUGCUGUGAGCGAAAUUCUACACUAUAUUGUCCAUACGAUUUGAAUAAACUCAUCUCUUCUCAAGAGUAUCAAUAGAAAUGUUUAGUUACAACUACUCUGAUGUUCUUUGUAUAUUACUAGCUCCCCAUUUGCAUAGGGUAGCUUAUAAUCAACACCCUAUAAUUCCAAGUGGUUUGCCCUCAUUAAAAUUGAAUUAUUCAAUUAUUUGAACUUAGCACACAUAUACAUGUGGAAUUUAGUACUCACAAUUUGAAUUAAGUAAUUUUCAAUUCAGAGUUUAUUGUAUAUCUGAUUUGGAACAUUUUUGAAAUCUUGAAUUGACUUAUACAUAUGAAAAUAUGUUUAUGUUUUAAAAACAGCAGAGAUUAUGCCAAGUGGAAGAGGACAAAUCUAAAAUUCACACCUGGAGUGUAUUAUAUUAGAAAAUGGUAAAAUUGCCAUGGUGUUUCCAGACCAUCAAGCUGUUCUCUCAUUAGAGACAUUGCUGAGGGCCUCUUUAGGAAUACUGUGUCUAGUUCUGGUCACCCUGUUAUAUGAAAGAUAUCAUUAAGCUGGAGAGGGCUUAGAAGAGA